UCAAGAUAUAUAUUCUCCUAUAGAAGACUAUUUAAAUAGCACAGAUAAAAGGAACCUUUGUUAAGUUUCUAUAUUCUUAUGAGCUUGCGAAAUCUUGUUUUGGUGGAAGAAGGCCAGUAUAAAUGCGUUUAAUAUGGUAGAUCAAUUAUCGGCAGAAAUUAAAAAUGAUUUCAAGGAAACCUUUAACCUGUUCGACAAGGAUGGGGACGGGACGAUAUCCACCAAUGAGCUGGCGAUGGUGAUGAGGUCAUUGGGACAGAACCCCUCCGAUGCUGAACUAGAAAACAUGCUCAAGGGUGUAGACGAAGACGGGAAUGGUUCCAUCGACUUUGAAGAAUUCGUUUUAAUGAUGGCAAAGAAAUUGGAAAAGACGAAUACAGAAGAUGAAAUUCGUGAAGCGUUCAAACUGUUUGAUAAAGACAAUAAUGGAUGCAUUACAGUGACCGAGUUAAGGAACAUUUUAACCGAAACGGGUCAGAAGAUACGACCCGAGGAAGCAGACGAACUAAUGAAGGCAAUAGACACGGACGGGGACGGAAAAAUCGACUAUGAAGAAGCUGAGGAAGUGUUUCGUGAUCUGGACAGAGACGGGAACGGUUUUAUUGAUGAGUCAGAGCUGGCGACAGCCCUCAGGAGAGUAGGCUUAAACCCCUCCCUCAAAGAAAUUCAAUCGAUGAUCGGCGAAGUUGACAGUGAUGGAAACCGAAAAUUAGAUUUUGACGAAUUUCUACGAUAUGUAAAACACACUUAUAAAGAUCCCGAUGAAAUAAGGUGCAAUCUCACAGAGGCAUUCAAGGUAUUUGAUGCAAAUAGAGACGGUUUCAUUUCUCGAGAGGAACUUAAGGAAGUGCUGACAAAAAUGGGUGAGAAACUCUCUGAGAAGGAAUUUGAUGAAAUGGUCCGAGUAGCCGACAGCAACGGAGACGGGAGAAUUGAUUAUGAAGGUGGAUUGACUUUUUCAUUAGAUUCAAGAAUGGCGAUGGAUCUGUCAGCCAUUUUUUCACCACAAUCAGCCAACGCUUUGGAUUUGGAAGCAAGGAAUGUUUUUGAUGAAUUUGACAAAGAUAAAAGUGGAAAAAUAAGUGCCCAGGAGUUGGGUACAGCAGUGCGCAUGCUUGGUCUGAAUCCAACGAUGAAGGAAUUGCAAAACGUGAUAAAGAAAAUUGACAAAAAUGGAAAUGGAACGAUAGAGUUUGGCGAAUUUCUGGCAUUUCUCAAAGGGUCUUAUAAGAAGAAAGGCGAAGAUUCGAAAGCAAAGAUGGCCCUGUCAGAUUAUGUUUCAACCCAAUCAACCAAUGCAUUGAUCAUAGAAGCAAAAAGUGCCUUUGAUAAAAUUGAUCAAGACAAAAACGGAGAAAUUAGUGUUCAGGAGUUAGGUACAGCACUGCGUUUGCUUGGACUGAGUCCUACGAGGGAGGAAGUACAGACCAUGAUGAUUGGAAUUGACAAAAAAGGAGAUGGAUUGAUAAAGUUUGACGAAUUCCUGGGUUUCCUCAGACGAUCUCACAGAAAUCUAGAUAAAGAAUCAAGUAUGCCAAUGGAUUUGUCAAACAUUUGUUCAUCCAAAAAUGCCAAAGCUUUGGUCGUUGAAGCUAAGAGUGUUUUUCGUGAAUUCGACAAGGACAAAAACGGGGUAAUAAGUGCACAAGAGCUGGGUACGGCAUUGCGCAUGCUUGGUCUGAAUCCAACGAUGAAAGAAGUGCAAAACAUGAUAAACGAAAUUGACCAAAAUGGAGAUGGAAUGAUAGAUUUUGAUGAAUUCUUGGCGUUCCUUAAACGGUCUUACAAAGAGCCGGACGAGGUGAAGAUGGAAUUAAAGAAAGCAUUUCAAGUCUUUGAUCUUAACAACGAUGGUUUCAUAUCCAGAGCCGAGCUACAAUCAGUUUUGACAAAAAUGGGCGAAAAACUGACAGAGAAGGAAGUUGAUGAAAUGAUGGAAAAGGCAGAUAAAAAUGGGGACGGAAAAAUAGAUUACGAAGCCUUGAUUGCAGAAGCAAAGAGUGUCUUUGAUGAAUUUGACAAGGACAGCAGUGGGGAAAUAAGCGCCCAGGAACUGGGAACAGCAUUGCGUUUGCUUGGUCUGAAUCCGACAGCAAAGGAAAUUUUAGACAUGAUAAAUGAAAUCGACAAAAACGGAAAUGGAAUGAUAGAGUUUGAUGAAUUCAUGGCAUUCUUAAAGAAAUCUUACAAAAAGCCAGAUGAAGUCAAAUCAGAUUUAAAGAAAGCCUUCCAAGUCUUUGACUUGAACGGGGAUGGCUUUAUAUCUAGAGAAGAAUUACAAAAAGUUCUGACAAAGAUGGGUGAAAAACUGACAGAGAAGGAAGUUGAUGAAAUGAUGAAAAAAGCAGACAAAAACGGGGACGGAAAAAUAGAUUACGAUGAAUAUGUUGACAUGAUGUAUCCACAUGGAUCAUAGGAACAUACCAUUGCAUGGAUCUACGUAAUAUUUAACAUGUUACUAUAUGUCUUUCAAAGAGCAGCUGUUGUAUUUCUUUAAUUAACAAUUUCUUCAAUUUGUACUAUUUUAUUUGUGAGAUAAAAAAUCUCAAUUCAUUUUGACAAUGUUUAUGAUGAAAAUGGUCUAUCAAUGUAUGAAAUGAAGUCCAUUUUGUGAGACUGAGUAGAUAUGAAUGCCAAAAAGAAGCUAACGAUUUUAAAAAUUAAAAUACAAAUGGAGAAACAGUUUAAUCAAAAUUGUCAGUUGUUUGCAAUAAUGAUAUGCAAUGUACUUGUAAAAUAUAAAUAUUUGUGUUAUUGUUAUUGAUUUAAUAAUGAGUAUCUGUUUGACAAAACAGUAGGAUAUGUUGUUUAAUGCGAAAACAUUUAAUUUGUGAGAUAACUUUAAUGACUAAGCACAGAUCAGGUAUAUUUAUCUUAAAGUAUUAU